AUGAGCCCAAUUCAGCUUCCCAUCGACGCGAUCACCUCGCGCUUCGGUGACCGCUUCAACAGCCUGCGCUCUCAGUCCCUGGGGACACGGUUUGCCAACCUUCGUCCGAUUUCCGAAUUCCUCGACGUCAAGCGCGUUUCGAAGCCCGCGAAUUUUGGCGAGGCCCAGAGCCGGGUUAACUACAACCUGUCCUACUUCUCCAGCAAUUAUGCCGCCAUUUUCGUGAUGCUCAGUAUCUACAGCCUGCUAACCAACCCAAUACUGCUAUUUGUCAUUUUUCUGGUUAGUGGCGGUCUUUGGGGUAUUGGGAAGCUCGAAGGUCGCGAUCUUGACCUCGGGUUUGCCCGAUUUAACACCUCUCAGCUCUAUACCGGGUUGCUACUUGUCGCGGUGCCCCUGGGUUUCUGGGCUUCUCCCUUUUCCACGUUUCUCUGGCUUAUUGGAGCCACCGCUGACACACGGGACGGGGGAGAUGGGUUGCGGAGGUCUAUGGUUGGAUACGAUGGACACGAUAAUACGCUGGUACCGUUCAAUGGCGCCGACUACGACAUGUACGAGAACACGAACAGUACCGUUGCAUAUGCGGUUCAGCUGGCAAUGAAAGAUAAUGAAGACUGGCUGGUGGAGGCAGCGCUGGAGCGAAUCCGACGGGCUCAUUCCGAAGGCCAGAAGAACGUUACGUUUUCCAAGCGAGAACUCGAAGCACUGGAGCGCAGGCGACUGCAGGCGAACGCGGAUUCAGCAGUCGACAGUCACCUUAUGAAGAGACCAGUAAACAAAGCUGGCGCCGCAUCCGUUCCGCCAUUUCCUCUCGACACCAGUAUUCAUGGUAUUUGGGCUAGGACGACGAGUGCAUCUACUAGCCCGCAGUCGUCGACGACGCUCCGGUCCCCACUUCAACCUCCUUUCCCUAACACCAUGAACCAUGCGCCGCCGUUCCAUACAACCCCUACAGUCCCCCGCUCUCACUCGGAAGAUCACCAACGAAUAUCUUCACACCAAUCACCUUAUAUGCGGGAACAUGGCCACUCCUUGCACAGUCCUACUGACCCUCAACGAGGAUCUGAGACGCGUCCAAGGCAGAGGCCACACACGAAUGCUUCCCCGCACGCCUCGCUUGUUCCACCGGAGCCUCUUGGCAGCAAAAACCACGAGAGUGGUAGAAGCAGUCCCCAAAAGCGCAGCCCAGCCAGUAGUGGCGAUGAAAUACCAAUGGUGGAAGUCAUAGAGCGCAAAGUACCCAGCUCUCCAACCUAUGCGCCUGACAGGGGCAGUCGUCAGCGUACCAACCGACCGUGA